CUGCGACGGCGUGACGUCAUCCGCGCUGUCAGCCAGCAAACAGCUGCCGCUGCUUGUUAACCCUCGCUGUCCCGCUGCCUAAUGGGUCCUUGCAGGCUAAGCAAGUGAAUGAGAGGCCGCCGGACAGGUGAUUACCGGGGCGUGCAGUAGGGAUCCACAGGCGCGAGCCAUGGUGUCACUGAGAGGGAUUUACUUUGUGUUCGCACUGUUUAUGGGAAGUUUUUUUGGAAGUAUAUUCAUGUUAAGCCCAUUUCUGCCUUUGAUGUUCUUGUCUCCAAGUUGGUAUCGCUGGAUAACUGAUCGUAUAGUUGCUACCUGGCUAACGUUACCAGUGGCAUUGCUAGAGCUGGUAUUUGGCGCAAAAGUGGUUAUCACAGGAGAUGGAUUCAUUCCAGGAGAAAGAAGUGUUAUAAUAAUGAACCAUAGAACGCGUCUUGAUUGGAUGUUUCUGUGGAAUUGCUUGCUUCGAUACAGCUACCUCAGACUGGAAAAAAUCUGCCUCAAAUCUUCUCUCAAAGCCGUCCCAGGAUUUGGUUGGGCCAUGCAGGUUGCUGCCUUUAUUUUCAUUCACAGGAAGUGGGAAGCGGACAAAAAUCACUUUGAAGACAUGUUGGAUUAUUUCUGUGACAUAAAAGAGCCGCUUCAACUCCUGAUAUUCCCAGAGGGAACCGAUCUCACUGAAAAUACCAAAGCCCGAAGCCAUGAGUUUGCAGAAAAAAAUGGAUUACAGAAGUAUGAAUAUGUCCUACAUCCAAGAACUACAGGCUUUACGUUUGUUGUGGAUCGCCUAAGGGAAGGUAACAACCUUGACGCUAUCCAUGACAUAACUGUAGCCUACCCACAAAACAUUCCGCAAACAGAGAAGCAUAUUUUGAAUGGGAGUUUCCCCAAGGAGAUACACUUCCAUGUCCAGAGAUACCCGGUAAAUAGCCUACCUGCUUCAAAAGAGGAGCUCCAGAUUUGGUGUCAGCAGAGAUGGAAAGAGAAGGAAGAGCGGCUCCGUACUUUCUACGAAGGAGAAAAGUACUUUGAUGCGACAAGAAGAAGUAAAAUUCCACCCUGCAAAUCAGAGCUCCGAGUGCACUUGAUUAAGUUUUUAUCAUUACUCUACUGGACUACUUUCUCUCUAGCCAGUUGUGUAAUGCUGUAUUUGUAUUCCUUUGUGCGUUGGUAUUUCGUAUUGAUGACAUUUGUUUUUGUUAUUCAGGAGAAGGUCUUUGGUGGACUUGAACUCAUUGAGCUGGCAUGUCAUAGACACUACACCAGUAAAUCACACCUAGAUGUGUUACCAGACAAAAUAAAAUAAAAACGGGUUCUAUAAACAAAAA